CCGCGCACGCGUGUCCCGGGGGCUCGGCCAUGGCCACGCUGCAGAGCCUGGGCCUGGUGGGCACCAUCGCCGAGGGGGACGCGGGGCCCGAGGAGCCCGAGUCCGACGACUCCGAGGAUGAGCAGGAGCCGUGCCGGGCGCCGGGCCCCAGGCGGCGGGGCCACAGGAGCGGCGACUUCAGCGCCGCGUUCGUGUUCGGCGAGGCGGAGGCCGGCGGGGAGGACGCCUGGGCGGCGGCGCUGCGGCAGCUCCGCGGCAAGAGAGCAGCUACGACGCUGGAUGAGAAGAUCGAGAAAGUGAGACAGAAAAGGAAGCUCCAGGAAAGGGAAGCUAAACAAGCUAAAGUGAGAGAUGAAGAUGCGGAGGCUGAGGAUAAUCAAACCACAAAGAAGGAAUGUGAGGAUUUUAGUAGGGAUGACGAAGAUGUGGAGUCUGAGUAUUCACUGGAUGAUGAAAGUAUCUUCACAAAAGCAGAUAAGGUCAAAGUGAAGGAGCGGAGGAAAUCAAAAAAGGGACAAGUGGAAGCAGAGACGUUUUUUGAAGAUGCCUCUCAAUACGAUGAUAACUUGUCAUUCCAGGACAUGAAUCUUUCACGACCUUUGCUAAAGGCAAUCACAGCUCUUGGUUUCAAGCAACCAACUCCGAUUCAGAAGGCUUGUAUCCCAGUGGGUCUUCUGGGAAAGGAUAUUUGUGCCUGUGCUGCCACUGGGACAGGUAAAACAGCUGCCUUCAUCUUGCCUGUCCUUGAGCGCCUGAUUUACAAACCCCGUCAGGCUCCAAUAACACGGGUAUUGGUUCUUGUGCCAACACGAGAACUGGGUAUUCAGGUGCACUCUGUCACAAAACAGCUGGCACAGUUCAGCAGUGUCACAACUUGCCUCGCAGUAGGUGGCCUGGAUGUGAAGACUCAGGAAGCAGCUCUGCGCUCUGGGCCAGACAUUCUUAUCGCCACUCCCGGGCGACUGAUCGAUCAUCUCCACAACUGCCCUUCUUUCCACCUGAGCAGUGUUGAGGUGCUGAUUUUGGAUGAAGCGGACAGGAUGCUGGAUGAGUACUUUGAGGAACAGAUGAAGGAAAUAAUCAAGUUGUGCUCCCACCACCGUCAGACAAUGCUUUUCUCUGCCACAAUGACAGAGGAGGUGAAGGAUUUGGCUUCUGUUUCCCUGAAAAAUCCCGUCCGAAUUUUCGUGAACAGCAACACGGAUGUCGCGCCUUUCCUGCGGCAGGAAUUUAUCCGGAUCAGACCCAACCGAGAGGGGGACCGUGAGGCCAUUGUAACAGCUCUCCUGACACGAACGUUCCGGGAUCACGUGAUGCUGUUCACCCAGACCAAGAAGCAGGCCCACCGAAUGCACAUCCUGCUGGGACUGAUGGGGCUGCGGGUUGGGGAGCUGCACGGGAACCUCUCCCAGGCACAGCGGCUGGAAUCACUCAGGCGCUUUAAGGACGAGCAGAUUGACAUCCUGGUAGCUACAGAUGUGGCUGCACGUGGACUUGAUAUCGAAGGUGUUAAAACAGUGAGUAUUUGCAGUGCUGAGGUUUUUAAUGACGUUUCCUUUAAUGCUGUUUCCCUGCUAACACGGUUUCCGUUGCAGGUUAUCAAUUUUACCAUGCCCAACACCACCAAGCACUACGUCCAUCGUGUGGGUCGCACAGCCAGAGCGGGCAAGGCUGGGCGUUCAGUCUCACUUGUGGGUGAGGAGGAGCGCAAGAUGCUGAAGGAUAUUGUCAAGACUGCUAAAACUCCAGUGAAGGCCAGAAUUCUCCCCCAAGAUGUCAUACUAAAAUUUCGAGAGAAGAUUGAGAAUCUAGAGAAAGAUAUCUAUGCAGUUCUGUGCUUGGAGCGUGAGGAACGUGAGAUGCAGCAGUCAGAAGCCCAGAUCAAUAAGGCAAAGAAGCAGCUGGAGACAGGAAAAAAAGAGACUGGGAGUGAGAGUUUGGAGCGGAGCUGGUUUCAGACCCGUGAGGAGAGGAAGAAGGAGAAAUUGGCUAAAGCCCUGCAGGAAUUUGACCUAGCAUUACGAGGGAAAAAGAAAAGGAAGAAAUUUAUGCAGGACACACAGAAAAAAGCCCAAAUGACUCCAGAGGAAAGGUCACAGUUUGAGAUCUUGAAAUCUCAAAUGUAUGCAGAGCGUCUGGCCAAGAGGAAUCGCCGAGCAAAGAGAGCCAGGGCCUUGCCAGAAGAGGAACCAGCAGCAGUACCAGCAGGUCCCAAGAAGAAGAAAAAAGUGUCUGUGUUUGAUGAAGAGCUGACCAACACGAGCAGGAAGGCUCUGAAGCAGUACCGUGCUGGCCCAUCGUUUGAAGAUCGAAAACGCCUGGGCAUUGCCCAGCGUAGGAAAGGAGGGAACUUCAAAUCCAAGUCCAGGUAUAAGAGGAAGUAAGAACUGUUGGCAGUUACCAGAGAGGUAAUUUCAGACAUGCUCUGUACAGAGCCUCGAUUUCUUUGUACUGCAAGGAGACAAGUUCAGUAAAGUUGAAGUUUUUCUUCAAGCUCUGGAAUGGCUUUGGGAUAUUUGCCAAUACUUGGUUGAAGACCCUGUGUGAAGACAUCUGUAGCAGCCCAUGCAAUAAAGAAUUAUUUUUCUUUUAGGAGGUUUA